AUGAAAACUGCUACAAAUCUGACACCUGAUUCAAAAAAAGAAGAAUUUCGAACAUAUUUAGAAAAAAGUGGUGUGGUUAAUGCAUUAACUAAAGUAUUAUUAGAGCUAUAUGAGGAAGGAGAAAAGCCAUUGAAUGCUGUGGAUUAUGUCAAGCGUUAUCUAAGAGGAGAAGGAGGAGGAGGUCCUCUUGAUAUUGAUGUGGAUGUACUGCAAGCUGAGAAUAAGGAACUUAAACAGAAGAAUGCACAACUUAUGAGAACAAUUGAUGAGCUACAACAACGUCUCACAAUGGAGAAGGAAGAGGAGAUUGCGUAA